GAAUCGAAUCAUUUUAGCCCAUCCCGAACCUGUUGAGCUGCUGCUGCCUGCUGAGUGCUGACUGCUGACCGACUGAUGUGGUGGUUCUACCGCAAGGGCCCCUCGGGCUUCGCCGGCGCCUCCACGGCCGAGGAGGUGACCGCCGGCAUCGACGGCCGCGGCCUAGUCGCCGUCAUCACAGGUGCGUCGAGAGGCAUCGGGCGGGAGACGGCGCGCGUGCUGGCGCUGCGGGGCGUGCGCGUCGUCAUGGCCGUCCGCGACGUCUCCGCGGGGGUCAGGGCCAAGGAGGCCAUCCAGGCCGAGAUCCGCGGCGGCGCGGAGCUGGACGUGCUGCAGCUGGACCUUAGCUCCAUGGCCUCCGUGAGGAGAUUCGCCGCAGAGUUCGCCUCCCUGAACCUGCCCCUCAACAUCCUAAUCAACAACGCUGGAGUCAUGGCGAGGGACUGCACCCGUUCCUGCGACGGCCUGGAGCUGCACUUUGCGACGAACCACAUCGGGCAUUUCCUUCUGACGAACCUGUUGCUGGAGAACAUGAAGAUCACGUGCCGGGACAGCGGCGUCGAAGGAAGGAUCGUCAACGUAUCAUCGGCGGGGCAUAUCAUGACGUACGCCGAAGGGAUAUGCUUCGACAAAGUGCUUGAUCCUUCAGGCUUCAACAGUUUCAUUGCUUAUGGUCAGUCGAAGCUUGCAAACAUUCUGCACACAAAUGAGCUGUCUCGGAUUCUCAAGGAUGAAGGGGUGAACAUUUCAGCGAACACGGUACAUCCCGGGAUCAUCGCCACAAGCCUUUUCAGGAACAGGACUAUUGUGAGCGCUCUGAUGAAUACUGUUGGAAGAAUCAUAAGCAGGAGCAUCGAACAGGGUGCUGCAACAACAUGUUAUGUGGCGAUGCACCCUCAAGUCCAGGGGAUAACUGGUAAAUACUUCGGCAAUUGUAAUAUAGCAAACCCAAGCUCGCAAGCUGUAGAUGCAGAGUUGGCCAAGAAGCUGUGGAACUUCAGCUUGCAGAUUUAGUUGCGGCCACGACGUGAGGGAGGGCGCAACAGGAGGGCCUGCCUUGGUGAGCGGCGACCAGAUGAGGCGGACGAGCGACGAGACGAGGGCACGAGGCCACGAGCGAUGAGGGAACGAGGGAGUAAUUCCGAUCCGCUCGGCGCUCCUUGUAGCGACCGGCCCGACGCUCGGAUCAGAUCUUUUUUUCUUUCUAAGGGAUUGUAGCGAUCGGAUCUGACGAGGCACGACUCACGAGGAGUCGAGGAGUGCGCUCGAUGGCGGCAGGGCCUCCUCGCGACGUCGCCAGUUCGCCUCGAUUCUAGCCCAACAAAAGUACCAGUCGGCCCAGUAACACUUAUGUAUUUUUUUGAUAUUAGACCUGCAUAGAAAAUUUUGGGCUACUCAGAAUUUUAGGCCUAUGCAGGCCGCACAUAUGGAACCACUGUGGGGCCGGCCCUGCAAUGGUCCACUUCAACGUGGAUCAUCGAUCUUACAUUUCUGUGAAGGAAUACACGACCUGAUAGCGCGCGAGUCACCAUGGACAGCACAACGAAACUUCCAAAUGGACAGAGAUCAGGUGACAUGCACGUUUGCAUGUCACUGUGUGCCUUGCGGCCUAAAUUUAAAUUUAAAUCUUA